GCUCGUCUGCCUCGAAAGGCAAAUUUUAACAGGAGAAAAUAAUCAUCGGAAGGAAGGUUCUUUUUAAUUCUUUCCUUGCCGAUAAAGUUGGAGAAGAAGAAGAAUAAGUACUGUUUAAAGAUUCGAUUUUUCCCCUUUUAGUUUCAAUCUCCGCCAAAAAUGGCUGCACUGGCAAAACUUCACUUACGUAGUUUCCAGAAAGACCAACCGUUUUCUUUCAAGGAACAACCGCGGAGCUGGAUUAAACGGUGCCGUUUUCUACGGUUGCCCAUCAUAACGAGAAACACUUAUGGGGUGUACGUUCAAAGGUGUCGGUCAUUCAGGGGAGACUAUGGAGGGGGAGCAGUGGGAGAGAAAGAGAUGGAAAGUGCGGGAAAAGUUGGGAUUUUGAUGGAAAAUGAAGUGAAGUUGGAAACAGGAGAUGGGUUUUGGAAAUCUUUGAAAUCUGCUGUUUUGGGGGUUAGUAAAUUCGAUUCCCAAUCUCAAGAUGAAUAUGAAAAAACUGUAGCUAAAGUUGAAGGAGUUUUCUCUUUGAUAUCUAUGCAAAUAGGAAGAUAUGUAGUGACCAUGAUGAGCACUGGAGUGAUACUCUUGACUGGUUUUCAGCUGUCAGGUGGAGACAGUGAGAUGAAUGCAUUGAUUUGGUAUAGCUGGCUUGGAGGGAUUAUAAUUGGAACCAUGAUUGGUGCUAAUAUGGUUCUAGAGGAACACUGUCGAGCCGGUCCGAGAAAUGUUGUUAUAACAGGAAGCACAAGGGGAUUGGGAAAAGCACUUGCUCGAGAGUUUCUUCUUUCGGGAGAUUGCGUGGUUGUUACUUCUCGCAGUCCCGAGUCUGUUCAUGUGACUGUCAAAGAACUUGAGGAAAACCUCAAGGAAGGUAUGACUGCAGGUGGUUCAUUUAGUAAGAAUCUGGGACGAGCAAAAGUGGUCGGCAUAGCAUGUGAUGUUUGUGAUCCUAGUGAUGUUGAAAAAUUAGCCAACUUCGCUGUGAAUGAACUCGGGUCUGUUAACAUUUGGGUAAAUAAUGCUGGCACUAACAAAGGUUUUAGACCGCUGCUACAGUUCAGCGAUGAUGAUAUUCGACAGAUCGUCUCAACAAAUCUUAUCGGAUCUAUUCUCUGCACUCGGGAAGCUAUGCGCAUAAUGAAUAACCAGCCAAAGGUGGGACACAUUUUUAACAUGGACGGAGCAGGUUCCGGGGGAUCUAGCACUCCUUUGACUGCUGUAUACGGUUCGACUAAGUGUGGUCUUAGGCAGCUUCAUGUAUCACUUCUGAAGGAGUGCAGACGUUCUAAAGUCGGAAUCCAUACUGCAUCUCCCGGCAUGGUCCUAACUGAUCUGCUCUUAAGUGGUUCGACCUUAAAGAACAAGCAAAUGUUUAAUGUCAUCUGUGAGCUUCCUGAAACUGUUGCUAGAAGUCUCGUUCCACGAUUGCGGGUUGUAAAGGGGACUGGGAAGGUCAUCAACUACUUGACCCCACCUCGAAUAUUACUAGCUUUAGUCACCGCCUGGCUCCGACAAGGUCGCUGGUUUGAUGAACAGGGUAGGGCCUUAUACGCAGCAGAGGCGGACCGCAUUCGAAACUGGGCUGAAAACCGUACACGCCUCUCGUUCACAGAUGCAAUGGAUAUGUACACAGAAAACACCUGGGUGUCUGUGUUCUCACUGUCGGUUGUUUGUGCCUUCAUUAUCCUUUCUAGCACGAACAGCGCCUUUCCCGGCACCUGAGAAAAGCGUGUUCCGUAUAAACAUUGUUCGAAUCAAGGAGCCAAUUAUGAUGCCGGUGACUGUAGAACUGAUACGAUUCUAAACGCUACAUAGCCCAGGACAAGCAUGCAUCUAUCAAUUUGAACAAAUAACGCCGCCGUCUCAACAACCACGACAGAUGUACAGGUGUUUGCUAAUGCCGGAAGCUAGGAGAAUUGACAAAAUAUAAUAAUCCACGAUUUAAAUUAUUUCUGAAUAUGAAAAUAUGAGUAAAUUAUAAACUU